CAGUCGCAAGAGAUGGCAAACAACGAUCAACAAGGCAUGACCCAGAUCGACACGUUUGGAAACAACGACGACUUCUGGCUGUUUGGAUAUGGGAGUCUGAUAUGGAAGCCUCCGCCACAUUUUGACAAGCGUGUACCGGGAUAUAUCGAGGGAUAUGUGAGACGGUUCUGGCAGGCGAGUGAAGACCACCGCGGUACACCAGAAGCUCCCGGGCGCGUAGCGACGCUGAUCGACCGAGCACACUGGGAAACAUUGACUGAUCAUCAUGAAUCCACUGAACGCGUAUGGGGCGCCGCAUACCACAUCCCCACGUCCCACGUUGCAGAAGUUCGCGAGUAUCUAGACAUCCGCGAAAUCAACGGCUACAGCAUUCAAUUCACGCCCUUCCGUCCCGCUGACUCCCCAAAUUCCACUAUUCACUGCCUCGUGUACAUCGGGCUACCGGAGAACCCACAGUUCCUUGGACCGCAGGAUCCAGAUCGGCUGGCGCGUCACAUACUAAAGAGUAGAGGACCGAGCGGGGAGAAUAGAGAGUAUUUGUUCCAGCUGGAGACGGCGUUGUUAGGUUUGAGCGACGAAAGCGAGGAUGCUCAUAUUAGUGAUUUGGUGCGGCGCUGUAAGGAGAUUGAGGCCGGGCAGGGCAAGGGUGGGGAAGGAGCUGAUGGGACUCCUUUGCAUAAAUUUGGGGGUACGGAGGAGCAGGAAGAAGUGGAGAGAGGAUAAUGAAAAGGAAGCGGGCAAGAUGAAUAAACCAAAAUAACAACAUUUCAUCUACUGACUACUUCUUUGCACAAAUUGCUGUUGAUUAAUAUAAUUAUAGAUUUUUUCCUUUUGAAAAAUUACAUGAUUUUAGUUUUACCAAAGUGUCUACGUAGUAGUAAUAUACGUGGGUAGGUGGUCAUUGCAAUACUCGUGAUGUAUCUAAGUUGCUUAUGUUCUAUUAAUUACCUGACGUGAGAGCUUGUUGUGAAGUUGAAAACCCCAAAGAGACAUUGUCGCAGACUAAACGCAUCAUCGAAGUAAACAACGACGUAAUAUAAUGGUUGGGAUUGGUCGACUCAACGAAAGCCCUCUUGGAUAUUUUUGGGUCCUUCUACCACUGUUGGGUUGGUAAAAGAAUGGCUAUCUGGCGAAAGACGUUGCUUACGUUUGUUUCGAGUACCUCAUAUACUAGCGUAGACCC